UACAAGUGUGAUGUCUGUCAAGCGGUGUUCAGCCAGAGCGGGAACCUAACGCAGCACAAGAGGGUACACAUGGGUGAGACGCCAUACAAGUGCGAUGUCAGCCCUGCGGAGUUCAGCGGGCAGGAGCCUAAAGCAGCACAAGAGGGUACACAAGGGCGAGAAGCCAUACAAGUGUGAUGUCUGUCCAGCGGAGUUCAGCCAGAGCGGGAGUCUACAGCUGCACAAGAGGGUACACAAGGGCGAGAAGCCAUACAAGUGUGAUGUCUGUCCAGCGGAGUUCAGCCAGAGCGGGAACCUAAAGCAGCACAAGAGGGUACACACGGGUGAGACGCCAUACAAGUGUGAUGUCUGCCCUGCAGUGUUCAGCCAGGGCUGGAGCCUAAAGCAGCACAAGAGGGUACACAUGGGUGAGAAGCCAUUCAAGUGCGAUGUCAGCCCUGCGGAGUUCAGCGGGCAGGAGCCUAAAGCAGCACAAGAGGGUACACAAGGGCGAGAAGCCAUACAAGUGUGAUGUCUGUCCAGCGAAGUUCAGCCAGAGCGGGAGUCUACAGCUGCACAGGAGGGUACACACGGGUGAGAAGCCAUUCAAGUGCGAUGUCUGCCCUGCAGUGUUCAGCCAGGGCUGGAGCCUAAAGCAGCACAAGAGGGUACACAUGGGUGAGAAGCCAUUCAAGUGCGAUGUCUGUCCUGCAGUGUUCAGCCAGGCCGGGAGCCUAAAGCAGCACAAUAGGGUACACACGGGUGAGAAGCCAUGCAAGUGUGAUGUCUGCCCUGCGGAGUUCAGUCAGAGAGGGCACUUACAACAGCACAUGCGGACCCACACAGGCGAGAAGCCAUACAAGUGCGAUCUCUGUCCUGCAAAGUUCACCCGCAACACGACACUGAGAAAGCACAAGCAGAAGCACACGGGCAAGGAGCCAUAGAAGUGCAAUUUCUGUCCUGCAGAGUUAAACCUGGAGUAAGCACCUGCAGGUCUGUAAUUGGAUACACCGAGGCAAAAAGCGAUACAAGUGCGAUGUUUGCCCUGCAGUGUUCAGCUAGAGAGGGACGCUACAGCUUUACAAUCCGACACCUACGGGCACGAAGCCAUGCAAGUGCGAUGGGAGUUCAGCCGGAGCGGCA